CGGUUGUGCAGCAACGCAAGCGUGACCCGGCGAUUCAAUCAGCCAUGUUGGUUAUGUUCUGGCUUUGCUGCAUCGGAUCUUUCCUUUUCUCCUUUGAUCUUCUGGAAACACGGCCAUGUCGCUGGACACCAUUCGCACUCAAUCCAACCCGAAUCUUCACGGCAACCUGCGCGUCGGUCUCAACUAUGACCCUCCGCCUGAGUCUGCCGUCAGCGUUCUGAAGCACAUUACCGCCAACAAUGUCUCGCGCACCCUGGCCUCACCACGUCGCCAGAGCACGGCCGGUAUCACGCCGAGCAACAAAAAGUCGCUCUCCAAAAGCACCUCGGAUCUCAGCGCUUCUGCAUCCCGAAAGCCCGUCGCGUCAGCCUCGACCUCGGUUCGGCUCGUUGUUCGGCAGCAACUUUCGAACCCUCAACUGCUGUCGUCUCAGGCAUUCCGAGAGACCGGACAGCCGGCUUUGGACCGGAUGGCGGUCCAGCACCGGGCUGCUGGUUCUCUGGACCAGCUCUCGCUGAGCAUUCUUCAGGCGCGAAAUCUUCCUAUAUCGAGCAACCAGCUGAAGUUGCUGGAAAUGAACGGUGUCUCCUUUCUCGAGUCCAAUCUUCAGCAAGUCUACGAGAAACUGAAGCGACGGAUUGAUGUAUUGGCCGACGGAAUCCGCCCCGACGAUCUGCACUUGAUCCUCUCUCGGUAUUUCAAGGACUACUGCGACUCUCUCAGCGCAUAUAUGGAGUCGAGAGAAUCGAUCGAUGCGGACAUCAAAGGACUGAUCCAGAACAUGGAUACGUGGAUUCAAGCCUGCGCAAAGUAUCUUGAUAUCCUCCGAGAGCGCGACAUUCGUAUUUCCGAGUUCUCGAAGCAGUUUCAGUCUCUCGAGGAGGAGAACAUUCUGCUGAAGGAGCUACUCACCCAGCAUACCCUAGUCGGCAAACCAGGCGGCCUGUCCGAGGCUGAAAAGGAGGCCCGAAUCUCACGCUUGCUCAAAGACAUUGCUCAGAGCCGAAAGUUUGCGCUCCAUACCAAGGCAACCAACACUUCGGCAGGCACGUGCUCGACAAAAAUCGUCCAGACAAUUGAAUGCCAGGUCACCGACAGCCAGACUUCCAUGAUCGAAGAUUCCAGCAGCCCUCUGGAGAGCGAUCGAGUGAUGGACGCGGCGGAGGUACCUCUUUCGUGUGAACCGAACGUCUCGCCAUCAACCGAUCGGCUGAAUCAGAUCGACCUCAUCGCCGAAGCCAGCCAAUUUGUUAAGCUCCAUAUGGAAAGAAGCGGUGCAUCGGCCAAGGAAAUUGGCGAUCUCGCUCCACUCGCCGUUUCGCUUCUGCUGAGUCCGACACAGCCGCCAGAGGAAGUGCUGAGCGAGACGGCCGUCGACGAGGAGCACAAGAGCAAGGCCCAGUCUCUGAUCCAGGAUGUUUUGGACAAGUCCAUGUCCGACCUCGCCUUCAGCUCAACGGUGUCGAUGGAAAACAUCCGCAGGCACUUGUUUUCGCUCAAGCGCAUCCGACCAAAGAAGACGGCGUUUCGCAAGACUCGCAUGGGCAUCUCGCGGUCUGUCCAUUUUGAAGACGACCUCCUCGAAGGUGAUGGGAGUGACAAGGGCAGAUCCAAAAAUAUCGACUUGGAUCGGAUGGAUCAGGACGACGGGCUCGAGGAAGACACCGGCCGUGUCCGUGACGACGGCAUGUCGAACAUCGAUCUGGCAAGCAGCACCGUAGACACCGGAAGUGAGAUAGCAGCCGACUCCCACGACGGGCUGGAGCCUGACCCCGACUCGUCUUCGGACCGGUUUGUCAGCGUUGCAGUCGGGAGCGAUCGGCCCAUGUCCAAGUUCAAGGAUCGCGUGAUGCAGACGGAUCCUGAUAAGAAUAUUGAGGCUCUGCAAAAAUGCCAAGCAGAUCUGGAGAAGGCAAGCGCCAAGCUCAAGCGAACCAGUGAGAAUCACUCGUCAUCGAUGGCCCAAGUCAAGAAAAUGUUUGAUGACGAGAAAGCGCGGCUCCUCAGCGAUUCGAAGAUCAAUACCACCUUCCAGGUCAGGAUUCAGUCUCUCGAGGGAAAGAUCGCAUCCACGCUCGAGAAACUCAAGGCAAGCGAGGUGGUGUGCGAGCAGCUCCGGCAGGAAUCCAAGACCUGGAUGGAGUCUUUCCAUGCUUCCGAGAAGAUCCAGGAGACCCUGCGAGAAGAGAUUGGCUCCGUUUCCCAGCACCUGGACUCGGCACGGUCGCAAGGCUACAGGCUCUCCCAUGAGCUUGAGGUGAUCCAGCAAAAGUUCACCGUCGCCGACAGCAGACGAACCGAGCUUGACUUGCAAAACCAGGAUCUCGCCAUCAAGCUGGAUGUGGAGACCAAGCGGGCAGCCAGGUUCUCAGAGUCGCUCGUGAAGCUGCAGGAUGAGUCGCAGACUUGGAACGAUAAGUUUCAGCAGAUGCAGAGCUCCGAGAAGGAGGCCAAGCUACGCUGCGGCGAUCUGCACCACGGCAUGGUGCUGAUGAAGGAGGAGAAUGCCCAACUGAGGUAUCAGCACAUUCAGGACGAAGGCAAUGUCAAGACCCUCAAGCUAAAGCUCAAGGAUCUGGAGCAGACGCUUGCCGUGGUCAUGAAGUAUCCUGACGUCAGCCUCGGCCAGGACACCAGCCUUCCGGAUUUCGAGGUCAGCCCAGAAUACGACCGGCUGCUGAAGGAUGUCAUCAACAGCAACAAUCUCCGAAUAUCGCUACUCGAGCAAAAGAACAACGAGCUGCGUCUUCUGCGCGUGAAGAGAGUGACCCAGGAGAAGGCCCUGAAUCCGCUUCACAAACAUCAGAGCCAGCAAGCCUCGCCGCUAUGGGAAUCGGCGACCAUGGACCACCUCAUGUCCAACCUUGACAUUGCUCAGCUCGAGCAGGAGCAUGCCCUCCGGGUGGCUUCGGGCAUGCUGGAUCCAUCCGGCGAGCACACACCAGCAACCUCUCGCUCUGGAUCACCGUUGGCCCGCCACUACUCGCUGAUAACGCCAGAGGAUCCUCCCUCCCGGCCGUCGCCAUCGCCGACCCCGGCCAUGGCCAAGCACCUCAACAAUCCCGAUCACUCGCUCUCAAGGUCGCUUAUGCAUGAUGCAGGCAAGACCCACCAAAAGCCUGCUCUGAAGAAGGGCUUGAGCCCAGGCGGUCGAGGCAGCGGGUGGCUCAUCCAGCCGAUUGCCGACGCCGACGCCGACUCUAUGAUUGUCACCCGACACCCCCCGCCUGAGCUUCGGAGCCUUCAGCAGCCCAGUGCUCUUGUUGGGCCACGGCCUGCUUCAGCGGCGAGUACAGCAGCGGUGGAGGAGCGAAAGACUGUUCGCUGGGAGGCCACCACACCGACGGGCGGUUACGAUCAAAAAUCCAAGAAGGCCUGGACGUCAUAGCCGCUGGCCGAGGACGACAUUGACGGAUGGCGGCGGCUCAUGAUGGUGCUCGUUCGGCAGACACUUGUGCGUGUAUUUUCAUUGAGCUGUUGCUGGGGGCAAGCCCUCUGUGAGGAAUAAGGUCAAUGUCGGUUUACGAACUGGCAUAGCGAAGGAGGGCAUCGCCAUCCAAGCGGAAUGUAAUCCAGUCAUCCAGAGAUCUGGCGCCGACCUUUCUGUAAAAGUUGAUGGCGUUCUCAUUCCUGCACCAAGGGGCGAUGAGGGGAGGCCCCAAAGGAGCACAACGCAGUCAUUAGGCACCGUGCGCAUGGUCCAGCCGCCAGCAACCUGGCAAUGCAGACAAGUCGUAU